UUCAGAUCCCUUGUUUCCCAUAAUUUGGAACUUUCCUUCGGAUUUGAUCAAGUCGGAUAGAGUUGGUCAAACCCAAUGGGAAAAAUACUGAAACAACAACAAAAACAAAAACAACAGCUACAACAAAAAACCAGUUAAACCAAAUGAUUGCACAACUUCUAUGAUGACUGUGCACUCUAAUGAACUGAGUAGCUACCUUAUAAAGACCAUCUGUACAUCCACUGUGAAAUGGAGCUUCAAAAUCACAAGCUUCUUUCACACAUGAACACAAGAGUAGAAGCACACAUGGAAGAGUAAAGUGGAAGGGGAUUUGGAUGAUGGUUUGGCAAGAUGCUGUAAGUGGAUUAGGCAAGGCUGCUAAAGAGAAACAGGAAAUGGCUGCGUUAGUGCUUCGGACCUCCAUUAAAAGUAGUAGUUCAUGCUGUUGAAGGUUUCUUGUUGAAAAUAUCUUCCUGAGACACCUGUACAUUGUGCUUAUUCUUCCCACAACAUUGUAACAAGACACUGUCAAGCCAGAGGGCCACUGGGCCUUUCUCACCCUGCUGUAAUGUACUGAUAGCUGGGGGCUCUGCAGAAGGACAAGAGAAAGGUGGGAUAGUAACAUCUUUUUGGGGGAAGAAUUGGCUUCCUUUCUUGAAAGUGGUGAAGGUACAGCAGAUAGCUGCAUGGAAGGAACAGUAAUUGGACGGCUACCUUCUACAUUUUGUAUUAGGAAACAAAGUCCAUUGUAAGAGUCUAUGUUGAUCUUGGAAAUAGAAGGAUUGAAAAACAGCUAAAUUUCUACAAAGAACAAGAACUUGUCCAUCUCCUUUUUGAUCUGAAGACUAGGGGACAAUGGAUAUCAUAGAGACAGCAAAACUUGAAGAACAUUUGGAAAAUCAAACUAAUGAUGCUACGAACACUUACACAAGACCCGCUGAACCUGUUGAAGAAGAAAACAAAAAUGGCAACGGUAAACCCAAAAGCUUAUCCAGUGGGCUGCGAAAAGGCACCAAAAAGUACCCAGACUAUAUCCAAAUUGCUAUGCCCACCGAAUCGAGGAACAAAUUUCCACUAGAGUGGUGGAAAACGGGCAUUGCCUUCAUCUAUGCGGCUUUCAACCUUGUCUUGACAACUGUCAUGAUCACAGUUGUACAUGAGAGGGUCCCUCCCAAGGAGCUUAGCCCUCCACUCCCAGACAAGUUUUUUGAUUACAUUGAUAGGGUAAAAUGGGCAUUUUCUGUAUCAGAAAUAAAUGGAAUUGUAUUAUUUGGAUUAUGGAUCACCCAGUGGCUGUUUCUGAGAUACAAGUCAAUAGUGGGGCGCAGAUUCUUUUUUAUUAUUGGAACUUUAUACCUGUAUCGCUGCAUUACAAUGUACGUUACUACUCUACCUGUGCCUGGAAUGCAUUUCCAGUGCGCUCCAAAGCUCAAUGGAGACUCUCAGGCAAAAGUACAGCGAAUUCUACGAUUGAUUUCUGGUGGUGGAUUGUCCAUAACUGGAUCACAUAUCUUGUGUGGAGACUUCCUCUUCAGUGGUCACACAGUUACGCUGACACUGACUUAUUUGUUCAUCAAAGAAUAUUCGCCUCGUCACUUCUGGUGGUAUCAUUUAAUCUGCUGGCUGCUGAGUGCCGCCGGGAUCAUCUGCAUUCUUGUAGCACAUGAACACUACACUAUCGAUGUGAUCAUUGCUUAUUAUAUCACAACACGGCUGUUUUGGUGGUACCAUUCAAUGGCCAAUGAAAAGAACUUGAAGGUCUCUUCACAGACUAAUUUCUUAUCUCGAGCAUGGUGGUUCCCCAUCUUUUAUUUUUUUGAGAAAAAUGUCCAAGGCUCAAUUCCUUGCUGCUUCUCCUGGCCGCUGUCUUGGCCUCCUGGCUGCUUCAAAUCAUCAUGCAAAAAGUAUUCACGGGUUCAGAAGAUUGGUGAAGACAAUGAGAAAUCUACCUGAGGAGCAAAACAAAGGCAUCAGCUCUUACACCAAAAGAGUUAACGCUGUAACCAAAGGUAUAGUUUUGUUUUUUAUUUUAGGAGAACUGACUGGUAAAUGAAGAAACGGACCAAAUUUUGUGUAAAUGAUUAGAAAAAUGAACAAAGUAUUACCCUCUGACUGGCUUUCUUCUUCAUCCUGAGAAAGAUACAUUCUCUUGCAGCUCUUCAUUCAUUGGUGACAAGCCCCCACCCUGGGACUUUACUAAUGAGCUUGUUAAAGAGGUGCCAAAGAACAUAUUCCUCUUUUCUUUCUUCUUUGUCCACUGAGACCCUCUGCUUCAGAAUUUUUUCAGGAUAUUUUUCCUCUCAAGAUCAGAAGAAUGUGUUAAUAUUUUAAAUAAAAUAUCUGGACAUCUACA